AUGAAAAAGGCCACACUUCAACAGUACCUGGACGGCGUUAGCAUCAGCGACGAGACCCUCCGUGGUGCCAAUCCCCUGCUUGUCGUCCAACCCAAGGCAAUGACGCCCCCUCGGAGCACCAAGCCGAGUCCUUGGAGCCAGAAUCCUCCCAUAGUCAUAGAGGGGAACCACAUGCUCCAGACGGGUCGCCUUGGCACGGCUCCCUUCUUUGGAUAG